UUUCAGAUUUGUCUCCAUCAACCCUUUCAUUCAUCGGACAACAAACGUCUCGCUUCCUCUUCCUCCUCUAAACCUGGAACCAAGUUUUGUAGCUGCGAUAUUACGAAUUACGAUCUAUUCCCAGAUAACCGAAGCUUAUCUUUCGCCAUGAGCACAGCGACAAGGCCUUCUUCUUCAGCAACAACCUCUGUCAUAUUAGAAAACCCUGUUUCUCAAUCACAACCUACAGAAAGAUUAGUGCUUCGGUUGAACCGGAAGAAGAAGAAAGUUUCCUGGAAAGACGGGACUGUGGACAACGAGUUCAUGCAGAAGAAGAGUUCUAAGAAAUGUUGCAUCUUUCACAAGCAGAAGCCCUUUGAUGAGGAUGACAGCGAAGAAGAAGAAGAUAACAACCAUCACCAUCACCAUGAUCAUGAUCAUGACCAUGAACACUCUGAAUCUGGUGAGGCCUCUUCUUCUAAUGAUUCCAAAGCAGUUGCCUAAUUUAUAGCUAUGUAUUGAAGCUUUUUAAUAGAUCAUGGAAGAACACACAUUUGUCUGAGGUUUUGGUCUCUUCCCCUAUCUAACCCUGGUUGGGCUUUUUGUAUAUGUACAUGUAAUUUGCAGUUUCAUUGCAAUGUUGAUUUUAAUUCCUUGGUGCUCCUCUAUUUACAGUUAUGUUCAUUAUUAAAGCUUUUGCUAAUUAGUUAAGGAAUCACAAACUUUGUUAUC